ACUAGGUGGCAAGCAACAGAGCAGGAAAACUCUUUCCAACACAUUCUGGGAAUGAUGAGUUAGAUACUGCCAAAAAUGUGGAAGCCCAAACCAAACAGAUGAUCGAAUGGGCUUUGGAAGGAUUUCUGCCUUUGGGGCCAAAGAGUUUGGAACCACCAGAAGAGGAACGAAAUCCUUACAAAGAGGUUUAUACAGAAAGUUGGGAGGAGCCUGAAGCUGCUGUUUAUCCUCCGCCUCCCCCGGCCAAAAAAGCAAGAAGAAGCACAGAGAAGCUAAAAGUCAAAGAAAUCAUAGAUGAACAAACUCGAGAGAGGCUAGUCUAUGAUGUGAGACAAAAUAGCAGAAACAUUGAAGAUAUCUGCCUUGCCUGUGGAAGUCAACAUAUUUCUCUCGAGCACCCUCUGUUUAUUGGAGGCAUGUGCCAGAAUUGUAAGGGCUUACGGCAAGUUAAAACUGGGAAUUGCUUCUUGGAGUGUGCAUACCAAUACGAUGAUGACGGUUACCAGUCCUACUGUACCAUCUGCUGUGGGGGCAGGGAGGUACUCAUGUGCGGAAACAAUAAUUGUUGCAGGUGCUUCUGUGUGGAAUGUGUGGACCUAUUGGUUGGACCAGGUGCUGCGCAGGCAGCCAUUAAAGAAGACCCCUGGAACUGUUACAUGUGCAAUCAUAAAGGAAUCUUUGGACUGCUAAGGCGGAGGGAGGAUUGGCCAGUCCGGCUCCAACAGUUUUUUGCUAAUAACCAUGACCAGGAAUUUGACCCACCAAAGUUGUUUGCACCCAUUGCUGCUGAGAAGAGAAAACCUGUUCGAGUACUGUCACUUUUUGAUGGCAUAGCCACAGGACUCCUAGUGCUAAGGGAUCUGGGGAUCCAAGUGGAACGUUACAUUGCAUCGGAAGUCUGUGAUGAUUCUAUCACAGUGGGUAUGGUCCGGCACCAGGGGAAGAUCAUGUAUGUGGGAGAUGUUCGAAAUGUUACUCGCAAACAUCUACUAGAAUGGGGACCAUUUGACCUGGUGAUUGGUGGAAGCCCCUGCAAUGAUUUGUCCAUAGUGAAUCCUGCCAGGAAAGGACUUUAUGAGGGCACAGGCCGCCUGUUUUUUGAGUUCUACCGUCUUCUCCAUGAAACAAGGCCUAAAGAAGGAGACAACAGGCCAUUCUUCUGGUUGUUUGAAAACGUGGUGGCAAUGGGAGUUAGUGAUAAGAGAGAUAUCUCCCGCUUUCUGGAGUGUAAUCCUGUGAUGAUUGAUGCCAAGGAAGUCUCUGCUGCCCAUCGAGCCCGGUACUUCUGGGGUAACCUUCCUGGUAUGAACAGACCAUUGGUUGCCAUGUAUAAUGAUAAGCUUGAUCUUCAGACAUGUCUGGAGCACGGCAGGACAGCAAAGUUCAACAAAGUGCGAACCAUCACCACUAGAUCUAAUUCUGUCAAGCAGGGCAAAGACCAGCAUUUCCCAGUCCUAAUGAAUGAGAAGGAAGACAUUCUCUGGUGCACUGAAAUGGAAAGGGUGUUUGGUUUCCCGGUCCAUUACACAGAUGUCUCCAAUAUGAGCCGCCUUGCCCGACAAAGACUUCUCGGGAGAUCCUGGAGUGUUCCUGUCAUACGUCACCUGUUUGCACCACUGAAAGAAUAUUUUGCCUGUGUUUGAAAACAAAGAAGAAAAGGAACUUAUUAAAAGAAAGGAAAGAAAUUAAUUUACUCCAAGGAAAAAGAAGUCACAUUCUGUUAGAUGUUACUUAAUUUCACUAUUUUAAAUGUCAUCCUUUUUAUCCUAUUUAAUUUUUUAAAUGUUUUUAAUUUCAGCUAUUUUAAUGGGUGAUUUUAUAAUUAUUGUUUAUGUUGUGUUCAAGCUGUACUUGAGAUGAGGCUGUUCAAUCCUUUGCAGCACUGGGAAAAUGACAAUUUUGCCUUGUGUAGGUGGAUAGGAGCAGCAAGAAGAAGCUGGAUUUGAACAGAGCCUGGAACAUCAAGUCAGCCAGCUGAGCCUUGCCUUACCAGCACCAUUUCUGGUAUCUAUCUCGAGCAAAAAAAUCAACGCUACAUACAAAUAUUAUACAAUACUUCAGGUGCCUCCAACCAGAAACCAUGAAGAAACAGUAUAUCAGCUGCCAGUACCUCUCAUUUACAAUACACUGAUAGUUGUUCGAAAAAGGUACUACUGUGCAACAAUUUCUGCAAUGGUGCUUUUACAAAAGGUGAUUGAAAACAUCAGCUCUGAUGUUGCCUUACCGUUUACAAGAGGCAGAAUUGUAAAAUAAUCAGGAAAGAGCAACAUUUAAUGUUGUUAAGGUGGUCUUUAGUGGCUUGAGUGUGAAAAUGUAGUAAUGUUUUCAUUUUCUCAAGAAGUCACUUUUAAGGACUUUUGCCAUGACUGUAAUUUUUCUAUCAUGUUUGUACAAUAAGAAAAAAUAUAUAACAGAAAAUGGUGCUUUUUUCUUAAGCUUUCAUCCUUGGGCUAAGGCCUGGUGCUUAACUUAACAGGUCACUUAUAGGCAGCACAAAUAGCCAGCCAACAUGCAGUGAUGUGUUUGGUCAUCCAAAACUAAAUGACAGGCUGCAGUUUUUUACUGAAGGACUGAUGAAUUUUUUACAUCUGUGUUUUCCUUUUAUUUUGGUUGAUUUUUUUAAAAUUUCCUAAGGGGUCUCUUUUAUACCAGGAAAUACCCCUCCUUGUAGCUGCAUAUAAUCAGGUGCAAGUCAAUACAGUGCAGCUUGAUGGUGUAAUUUUGCCUUUUUUUUUCCUUUGUUCCCAUUUCCUUCCUUAUCCUUUAGCUUUUUUUUGUUAAUCUACAUUUUUUUGUUGUUUAUAAGUUGUUUAUGCGAAUCGUAUUUCUGCUGUCAGUACUUGAUCAAACACAACCGUCAGUUUUCCUUGAAGCAGUUGUCGAUUCAUAUGGUGCUACACAUUUUUUUUCUGAAAUAUUGAAAGAAAUCUGCUAUCUUGACAAUGAUUUAUUAAGUUCUCAUAGUCAAGGAAAAGCACUAUUAUUUUACUCUUUUAAGAAAAGAAAAAGGCAUUUUAACUUUGUACUUGAAAAGAAAAAAAAAUCAGUUUCAUGUGUUUUAGCCUAGACAGUGCCGUAGUUGGUGCUUAUUUGUGGGAAUCAUGUAUUCAUAUUGAAGACAAUGUAGUAAAUUUGCUAAUACUUUUACUGUUACAUAUGUAUUUGCUUGAUCCCCAGCAGCAGUGCAUUUUCUUUCCACAUUCCACGCAGCAAACAGUAUUUCUUUGGUUUUAUUUCUUCAUUUUACUGUCAUUAUAACUUUGAUAAUAUUUAUUGAUGAUAAUGUGCAUUUCAAAGUUAAGAGAUUUCACUGAAGAUUGUAUUUCAGUGAAUAUUGUAUUACAGUGUAUUGCUCGUGACAUAGCUGUUUAUGGAAAGGUCAGUAUGUGGAGCAGCUGUAGCAGUCAACCUCCACCCUAUUUUCAAUGCCCAAAAUGCUCCUUUCUGAUGUACUUGUGCUGGAGAACACUUGAAUAAAUGUAUUGGUUUUUUUGUGCAAAGUG